AUUUCUUUUUCAAGAUUUUUUAAAUAUGCCUGUGUCAGGUCGAUCUCAACCCCGGCAUAAAAAGGUUUAAAAUUAUAUUUGAAUAGAUGGAAAAUUACAAGCACCACAACACGUCCAGUCAAAAGUGUUGAGGUAGCUAGAUUUUCAAGAAAGACAUUUGCGAUUAAAAGCAAUUCAACAUGGGAGACUUAUCAUGUGGAAUGACAUGUUUAAAAUAUCUACUUUUUGCUUUCAAUUUUGUUUUCUGGAUAUGUGGAAUUGCUGUGAUGGCCGUAGGUAUUUACAGCCGAAUUCAAGUUGGAAAAUGGGAUGAUAUAAUUGAUGAUAGCACAGUCCCAAGUGCUGCAAAUCUUAUGAUUGCUGCUGGCGCACUUGUCAUGUUGAUUGGCUUCUUAGGAUGUUGUGGAGCUUGGAAACAAAACAAGUGUCUGCUUAUCAGUUACGCAAUUUGUCUCAUUUUAAUAUUUGUGCUGGAAAUAGCUGCUGGUAUUUAUGCGUAUGUCAAAAGAGAUGACAUCCAGAAAGAACUGGAAACAGGACUGACAAAGGGCAUCAAUACCACCUACAGCUCACAAGAUACAAAAGCAGAUAAAGCUCUUCGAGAGGCUAUUGAUUGGUUUCAAGAGAACGUUGAAUGUUGUGGUGCUGAGAGUCCCAAAGAUUGGUCAAGUUCUGUAUGGGGAACAACUAAAAAUAACACUCUGUGGGCUCCAGAAUCUUGCUGCGCGGUAGCUGGAUGUAGCAAAAAAGCAAUGUACCCCAAUUUGGAUGAUUUUCUUGCAAAAGCCAACAUUCACAAAGAGGGAUGUGUUCAAAAGGGUAAAGAUUGGGUUAAAGAACGUAUUGGUUUAAUUGGUGGUGCCGGAGUUGGAAUUGCUUUUAUUCAGCUUCUUGGCAUCAUCUUCGCUAUCUUACUUUGUCGAGCUAUAGGAGAAUCUGAAAUGGCUUAGAAACGGAUCUUGAUAAACCCUCAUUCAUUUUGUUUGUAUAUAGAUGGAAAGCCGAGAAGGGUGUUUGGUCUUACGCAAUAUAUACCUCACGACUUUUGUACUUUACUGCACCUUAAUAUUUUAUGUGGGAAA